GACCUUUGCCAUUUUUUCAAAUAUCUGUAAACACUACACGCUUUUUAAGCAAGUGCAUUGUAGCGUUAGUAUCCGUUGGUGUGUUCGGCGUCCAAAGGGCAAGCGAUGGGGGUUUUUUCCCCUUUGACAGUUUGCCCUUUCCGUUCGGCGGUGACUUCUUUUUCCAACGGUGGGUACUGACAGCCACGACCAGCUCACCGCGGACUGGCGCGGACACGAUCCAAAUGUUAGCUGAGGCCACCUAACGGUGUAGGUGUCGAUCGCUCAGUGGUGGCAUGACAGACCAAUAUCUGGUUCAUGGUCUUGACUUUUCUCAGCUGCUCACGAAAGAGCAUCACCUAAUGGCUGCGGUAUAAUGAGUGGGCAAGCACUUCAAUUGGCGCUUGACAAUGGCAAGAAUAAAGCGCGGAUUCUCUUUGGCAGCUCUAUUUUGUUUAGCGUUCUUUAUACUUGUUUAUAAUUCUGUUCGCCUCGGUACCUCGUCGAACGCAUCGAAGAGACUCCUCAGAGAGGGAAGUCCCUCACGAACAAUACGAGAGAAAGUAUUAAGAACGAAAGGUUCAGGUUUGAGGGCGUUCUAUGAUGAAUUGUCGAUGCUUGGUUACCGUAAAGGUGAUGGAGGCGCUGUCUUGUUUCGACAGAUCGUACGUAAGCCAAGCAUUAGUCAACCAGUGUUUCUUCACGUCUAUGUCGCUUCAUCACCGUCGCACGACGUCAGAAGGAACGCCAUUCGCGAAACUUGGGGUGCUCAAGGGAAAAAGAACAAUGUGUCACUUGUGUUUAUGAUUGGAAAAAGUGAAUUGGACAACAAGAUUCGCCGUGAAGGAGACACAUAUGGCGAUAUUCUGCAAGGCGAUUAUCGUGAUACAUAUGACAACCUGGCUUUUAAGUCUGUUUCAAUGCUGUCGCAUUUCUCUAUAACAUACCCUCAUCCUACGUACAUCAUGAAGACGGACGAUGAUAUAUUUGUAAACGUACCAAAACUUGUCAACUUUCUAAGCACUACUCAUCCAUUGGGCAUUGUCGGUUGCGAUAAAAGUCAGGAGUUGCUUCCAUUUGGCCCAAUGGGAGAAUCCGUACCGGCUGCAUUGGCCAUUUCGCCGUUCGUCGUAGGAGCUGGAUACGUGAUACACCGUGACACAGCUCUAUCUCUACCAUCUGGAUGUCUUCGUUCGGACCCAAUUCCUGUGGAAGAUGUGUACCUAACGUCACGCUGCGCCCGGGCUGCUACGCCUCCCACUAGAGUGCCUACCCACCAUAGGGGAUUCAGUUGUGGGCGUUGGGUCCAGCACCCCUGUGAGCUUGCUCACGCAUUUACUGGCCAUCAUAUGAGUCCUCAGAGGAUGCGAGCUGUUAUGAAGACGCUUUCUGAAGGAGAGUGUUCGCACCCAGAAAACGAAUAUUUAAUGCAUUGACCUGUGAUAUUAUGCGCAAAGCAACUAUGCAUAUAUAGCUUAGCCUAGCUUAAAAAGUCAUCUUGGAAAAUACCGACGUGAAGAAUACGGCUCGUUGUCAAUUGAUCGCGAGUGAAAAUUUUCUCUGAGUAAAUUAACCAAACCCUGUGGCACAAUUUACUUCUAAAAAAACAUGAGCUGAUUUUUUGGAAGCGUGUGACUUGCUUUUUACUUAAUCUAAUGAUAAUAAUAGUAACGAUUCCUGCUCAGUGCUAUCAUUCCGGCUGUUAUUUGUAAAUCGGUACCAUUAUGACUGUAGAAAUCUUCAUUUUACACACAGAACAGAUGAACCAUCAUUGUGUCAGAAAAUCUUUAUUGAAUAGUAACCGAGCGAUUGGUAUCUAAUCUCAAACCUAUCUAAACCGGCCUUUACCCAUUUCUUAACCGUAUUCUACCUGCCUGCUUCCAGGUGGCGUGCGCAGCAGGCGCCCUUUGCUGCUAGAAAAUGUUGCAAAGCUCAUUCCAUAAGAAAGGAUUAGAAGGGCUGAUAUUUAUGUCUUAUUUUGGAAAUAACACAAAAGUAGAAAACUAAGUUGAAACAAAGGACGAACGUAUAUUAAAAAUAAAACAUCGCGUAGUUAUUAUGUGUUUAUCGGGUCCAGUCUUGAAAUGCGUCCAUUUAUCGUGGAACAACCUACGGUUAAGGUUAAAUAUAAUACAACGUAAAGAUAUUUAAUUAAAAAAAGGGGUCGUCCUAGAGGUUGUAAUAGGCCAGAAAAAACAUGACGUAGUCCAUGAGGGCUCAUUUUUAGUUGACUUAGCAACCCACCGAACUAAAAUAAAACUAUGAGAAUUAUUAUACGAGGUUAUUGUUGUAAAAAUAAAGUGACUAUUUUGCCCAUAAUAGGAAACAAAACAGUGCGAAACACACUGGGCAAUUUUGUCCUCCUAUGCUUCGAUGAAUUCUUAUGGGUGGAAGGGGUGAUUGGUCUUUAGAAACGGGCUCCCUACUGUGCCGUCAUUAAACGCACAAUUAAAUAUUAUUGAAAGUUAUGCUGCAAAUGUCAGUUUGGCAAACAUCAUUCUGCUACAAGACGGUCUGAUCUUUCAUAAAUCCGUGCUGACGUUCUGGUAGUUUCUCGAAUAUCCAUAAUGUAUGUAUUAGCGUGUAAUUUUCGUGGUUUUUAGCAGAGAUCUGUUAUUUAGCUUUUCUGCCUCCUGUAAAGAAAUGCUGCUGGUUCUACUUUUCAAGUAAAGGAUUACGAUAGUGCCCGUGCUAGGUCGGACUUCUCCUGAACAGUGUUACCCUCGGAAAGGAAACAGGAAAUACUGUUAUGCAAAUUUCGGUGCCCGUGAGCAAAUCCUUCAGCAUCAUACAUGGUUAGAAACUUUCCUUCGAACCUCCGGUGGUUUAUCAAUACUUUGGUUAGGUAAAGUUGGUACGUUUUACGUCCUCCGCAUUUCCUGAAACAGGAUGGACACUCGGAAUGCAUCAACUUUUUAAUGAAGUAAGUCAAAAGAUAUACAGUUCAGCUAUACUAAUAUACUACUAAGUUGCUAUGUCUGAUGACCGCAAUGGUGUUGGAAUUGGCAUUCAAACAAUUUAGACGUUAAUGCUGCCUGAAAUUAGGCUUUCUCAUUUUCUUAAAUUUCAUAUGAAUACUACCGACGAGAGGCGGGAAUCGCCAUAAAGUAAGGAUUGAAUCAAAUAUUUUGUUCCGUCCGAUCGCUCGGGCACAAUAGAAGAUUUUAGUAUAUUUUUAUUUAGCUGGUUCAGUUCGACCUAAAUGCUGAAAGAAGCAAAAAUAUGUUUCUUUAAACUAGGCUGGAAGAACGCUGUU